UGCCGUGAGUCAAGCGCAAAGCUUCCAACUUUAUUCUGAAAGUGCGAAAUAUUUACAUUUCGACCGAGUUUGUAUGCAAAUCUGAGUUUUCGUGAAAAUCGUUUUCAGAAUGUCAGCAAUUUUGAAUGUUCGUUGUGCCGGCACGACUAUUACGCGUUUGUUUAUACACAAUGAAAAGCAACAACAGUUGCAAAAAUGCCAAGUCGCAUUUCAAUCGACAGUCAGCAAUGUCAAGGUGUUUGAAGGUCUUGACAACAAACCAGCGGACGUGGAGUGGCAACAGGCUCUACCUUAUAAAUCUAUGCCGAGACUGACCAGAUAUCAAAUGCUACGUGGCUUCUUGAAAGGAGGUGAAUUUGCCGAUCUUUCGUUAAAUGAUUUCGUUUUUAAAUGUCGUGAACGGCUCGGUGACAUUUACCGUUUGCCUGGUGUGAUUGGACAGCCUGAUUCUGUUGUACUCUUCAAUGUCGACGAUUUUGAAAAAGUCUAUCGUACGGAAGGUAUUUGGCCAAGCCGUCCUGGUACUGACGCGGUGAGAUACUAUCGAGAAAACCGCAAGGACGGAUUCUUCAAGGAAACUAUGGGUUUGAAUGAUAACGGUGAAAAAUGGGCACAGUUCCGCCAUGUAGUAAAUCCCGUUUUGAUGCAGCCUAAAAAUGCCAAACUCUAUUUGGAGCCGCUACAGAAAGUGAAUUUAGAGUUUAUAGAAAGAAUACGUGAAAUACGCGAUCCCCAUACACUGGAAGUACCCAACAACUUCUUUGAGGACAUCAACCAUCUCGCUUUUGAUUMUGUUGGAGUAGUUGCUGUAGAUCAUGAUUUCGGUUUGAUUCGUAGGAAUCCCGACUUGGAAGAAGUCAGAGUACUUUGUGAGCACAUGAGCGCAUUUCUAAAGUCCAUUUAUGACUUGGGCAUUAAGCCAUCAUUCUAUAAAUACAUUACCACACCGUCAUACAGGCGCUUCGCUAAAUCAAUGGAUCUAAUGUUCGAUAUAACGAAUCACUAUGUAAAUGAAGCGUUGGUACGUCUGGAAGAAAACCACUCAAAGGAUGGUGAAGAACGCAGUGUUCUAGAAAAACUACUGAAAAUCAAUCGCAAGACAGCUAUAGUAAUGGCAAUGGAUAUGCUGAUGGCUGGUGUGGAUGGGACAUCCAGUGCAAUCACUGCCAUACUACUCUGCAUCGCUAAGAACCCCGAAAAGCAACAGAAGCUACGUGAAGAGCUAAUUGCCGUGCUGCCACACCGCAAUGACCAGUUCACUAUUGAAACUAUGAAACAAUUGCCGUACUUACGCGCCUGCAUCAAGGAAGCGUUACGUUUCUACCCUCUCGCUUUCGGUAAUGCGCGCGAAGUCGGUGCCGACCUUGUACUGAGUGGUUAUCAGGUGCCUAAGGGCACCGGUGCUUUGCUUAGCACAAAUAUGCUGGCCAAUGAAGAGCUAUUCUAUCCACGGCCCCGUGAGUUCAUACCGGAGCGUUGGCUACGAAAGCAGGAUACAACGCUAACCGAUGGACAGCGCCUAGUUGCUGAGAAUGUGAAUAAAUUUAUCAAUUUGCCUUUCGGUUUUGGACCGCGUAGUUGCGUCGGCAGGCGCAUUGUUGAAAUAGAAAUGGAAUUAACGCUGGCAAAUUUAGUGCGCAAUUUCAAUAUCGAGUACAAUCAUUCGGUAGAAAAACCGUUCAGUUAUCACUUAAUUAGUACUCCCGCCAUUCCGCUAACGUUUAAGUUUUCAGAUUUGAAGUAAGAAUGGAACAUUUAUUUUUAAAUAAAAACCUGAGAUGUGAUAUGUUAUAUGAAA